AUGUCUCGUGUCUGCUUCAAGUUGGCUCACUGGCACCCCACAGGAUUAAACCAACCUGUGAUUCGAUUCCACUUCAUAUCAUACGAUAGUAAUGGUACGGGUAAUCAUCCAGCAGGUUCAGAUCCAUUGGAAAUCGGCCCUGUCCAAAGAGCAGGUGCAGCAGCCUUGCAGGACGGGCAGCCUACCGUGGGGGCAGCCGAGGGAGCCUCAAUCCGCCCUAGCGAUCGCGCACGAUGUCGUGGAACAACAUUGGAUCCGGAAUUGAAAACGAUGAAAGCUAACCACUUGGCACAAACACAGUAUUCUGGAUCUUAUGCACUUCGGUCAUGCAGUGAUAUACUUCAAGGUAAAGCGAUCCCAUUUUCAUACGCUGACACGUCGCAAUUUGACAAUCAAUUUCUCCGAUCGAAGGUGGGGUUCAUGUCAAACGCCUUAAAACUUUCACCCCUUCGCGUACUCAACUUCACAAUCAAACUUGGUGCCAUAUUAGAUACCAUGAAGCCUAUUCAGUUCGCCAUCAUCGCCAUCAUCGCUGCUGUCGCUGGGGUAAAGGCAACUUCUACCAAUAGCACCACUGAGAUCUGCUUAGCAAUAUGCUACGCUGAGGAACCUGAGUGCGGGGAAACGUCAAUACCCGUCGAAACUAGCUCAGACUGCUGGACCUGCUGCUCCCUACCUACGGCCCCGGAAUGA